CCGCAAUUUAUUUUUCUUUCUUUCCAAAACUUGGGCAACCAUAGAACUAGAAUUUUGACACAUGAGUCAAUCAGCUUAUUUAUCCAAUUACGAACCCACCCAAUCGUACGCGUCCUUGUCGUAUUUUGAUUUUGAACAACAUGCCAAAGAAUGGCAAGACGUGAUCUCGACGCAUCCAUUCAAUCACAAGCUAUCGAUUGUUUUACCUUUUUGUGAUACAGAUACGGCACGCAAGCAUUUGAAUGAAGUGGCGGGCUGUUAUUAUCAGCUGAAUUUACCGCUAGCAAGUAUCCUUGAUCCUGAUUUCUUAGCAAACGUAGUUCGAUCAGAUACACAUCAGUUUUUGCUACACAGCAUAGACACGCAUUUGGAUAGUGAUAAUGUCGUUACAAUAGACCACAAUGGAAAGCUUGUUUUCAGUCUGCUGAAAAGCGCGUAUGAAUCAUUUGGCAUUGUUGCAGAACAUGGUCAAAAUAAGCAGGAUAAAUUACGGCAAAAAUAUAUUGUAACGAUCGAUCUACGGGAUCGUAAGCUUGUACCAAACACCAAGAAAUACGACAGAUUGAAAACGUGCAUUGAAAGCACCUUUCCCAAGCCAUUCAAAAUGAUAGCUACGCUAGUCGACAAAGGUAUCACUGCUAUCCAUACAUCAGGAAUCUCUUUCGAACGUGCCAAUUGGAACGACAACCCUAUUGACAAUCCCUUCUAUUUGGUUGUAGCAUCCGGAGAAUCAGUAGAAAUAGUAUGGCCGACAUCAGUCUCUAAUGGUGCACAGAAAAGAAGCAUGGAUAUCACAGUGGAAUCACUCAAUUAUAUUAGUAUCCCUACAUUUAAUGACCUGCGACCUACAUCAUUAUCGGCCAAACCAGACGCCAUGUGGCAGCAUAACACGUUAAAAGCACUCGAAUGGAUUGGCCUGGCUAAUAUUAAGGCGAAUAGAAUUACUGCAAAUGAUAAGCCUGAAUCGUUUGUGUCUGUUUACAAUCCACCAUCAUCUAUCUCCACCGGAUCGGGCACGCUAGUUACAUGGACCGGUCUGAUCCAUCCAUUGUUUAUCAGCCACAUUCUGGUCACUAUCAAGAAAUUAUUACUAAGCAAGAAGGAAAUGCAAUGGGUAUCACUUUCUACGUGGGGUUACCGGGACUCGAUCUACACUUGGGAGUCGCAGCAACAUUACUACUUUACCAAUGGAGAGAACGAUUACACCUUUUUGUUGCUAUCGCCGCACGAACAACAAGAAGGCAGAAUAGCAACUAUUGGUUAUCAAAUGUAUGGUUCUGAUCAUAUUCAGAAAUAAUGCACCUUCAAAACUCAUUUAGCUGUUGUAUAAAAACUUUUAUUCUGUACAUUCAAAUUACUAUACUACGACUACUAAGUAAAACUGUGUGUGUGUAAUAAAUUGUUCCCCAAG